AUGGAACAACAUCGAGAUAAGGCUGCUGGUGGAUCUGUUAAUAGUCCUCCAUGGUUUGAUGGAGGAUGUGAAAAGUACACUCAAUGGAAGAUAUACAUGAAAUCAUACUUGUAUGCACAAGAUGAACAUGUAUGGAACAUUGUGGAAAAUGGCUGGAAGACACCAAUAAUUCCAGCUAAAGGUGAGGGCUCAUCAGUCUCUAUUCCUAAGCCACGGAAGGACUGGACUGACGUAGAAGUACGUGAUCUUCAAACUGACUUCAAAGCAAAAAAUAGCAUUUUCACUGCUCUCUCUGAACGUGAAAAACUGAGGAUUAGUCACUGCGACACUGCAAAACAAGCUUGGGAUCUGCUGCAGACUACAUAUGAAGGAAACAAAAAGGUACGUGCACAAAAACUACAAGGUCUAAUAUAUGAAUUUGAAACUAUGACCAUGGGAGAUGAUGAAACUGUGGAUGACUUCCAUGGUAGAAUUCUAAAGAUUACUGGUCAAUGUCGUAGUCUAGGUGCCCCUUUUGAUGAAGAUAAGGUUGUCAAGAAAAUACUUAGAGCCUUACGAGAAAAGUUUCACUCUAAAGUCACUAGUAUUGAGGAUUCUUUUAACAUUGAUGAAUACCCUUUGGAUGAACUCAUUGGAAAUCUAAAAACUUAUAAACUAAGACUAAAACCUGAAAAGAAAUCCAAAGGUGUGGCUUUCAAGGCUGUGAAAGGGAAAGAAGAGGAAGAUGAACCACUUGAUCUUGCUCUUCUGACCAAAGAGUUCAAAAAAUUCCUUAGAAAUAAAUCCUCCUCUCAAAAUUUCAAUGCUCCCAAGAAAAUUUUUGUUAACAAUGAUAACAACGUUAAAAGGAAUUUUAGAGCAAAUAAAUCUGGAAAAAUAAAAUGCUAUGAAUGUGGUGGCUAUGGCCAUAUUUCUACUGAUUGUGGUAACAGGAAGCAUGGAAAUAGCAACAAUAAAUCCCUCCUCUCGACAUGGAGUGAUGAUGAACAUCAGGAGGUCGAAAAUGUUGCCUUCGUGUCGUCUCUUUCACUUGAAUCUGAAAGUGAUGAAGAAUUCUCAGAUGAUGAGACUAAUGUCUACUGCAAACAACUCUAUAAAGCGUCAAAAGCCACAUUAAUCAAAAAUGCAGGUUUGGAAGAUGAAAUUGUGAUGCUGAAGGCUAAGAAUGAGAAGUUGGAGCUGAUAUGGAGGACUUCUCAAAACACUUGGGAACAAGAAAGGAACAAACUCAUAGAAGAGCUGCAGAACUCACAAAGUGACAAAAGUUCCCAGACCUGGAAGAUACAAUGUGCUGAACUGAAAAACAAAAUCAAGAUUCUUGAACUUGAGGUAAAAGGACAACAUGCUCUAAACUUAAAUCUGCUAACUAAAAAUGAAUCAUUGCAGGAAGAGCUGAAGUCCACUCAAGAGAAGUUCACAAAGUUUGAGAUAAGCUCUGCAACAGCAUCUAGGUUGUUCAGCUCCGGAAAAGCCCACCAUGACACAUUCGGACUUGGAUAUUCUGGAGAAAGCUCCAAAGGCACACACUUUGUGAGAGAGUCCAAAUCAGAAGUGGAGAAAAGUGAUCCAAUCACCCAAGUCAUCAAGGACACUAUCACAAGGGCUGACAAGGAACCAAAACCUUCUCAGAAUGUCACUCAGGUAAGGAUGAAUCAAAUGCUUCCGACUGAUCAUAACAGGUACUCAACUUCUAAGUCUUUUAUUCCUACAUGUCAUCACUGUGGUAAAUUAGGACAUAUCAGACCGAGAUGUAAUGAGAGACAUAAGUCAAUUCCAUCUGGUGAGGAAAAGCUAUCUGUAAAAUCUCUACAUUGUGAGCUUAAAGAGCAGAAAGAGCUUAUCAACAAAUUGGCUAACCUGAUUACUAAAGCAAACAUGCAAAAUAGAGAUAAACCUGUCUGGAUUAGAAAGGAUUUGAAUAAUCAUCGUUCUAAUCACUCUGAUUCUACUAACUUUAUUAGUGAUAUCUGUUUCAUGACAAGUGUAAGUACAGAUAAUCCUUCAACAUAUAUUGAGGCAACCUGCCUGGUAGCACUCACUGCAUUGGCAGACAAGCAAAAGGAUUUCUGGUAUGUGGACAGUGGUUGCUCCAGACACAUGACUGGAGAUAAAGCUUGGUUCACCUCGUUCGAAGAUGAAAGCACUACUGGUUCAGUUACCUUUAGUGAUGGAAGAAAAGCCAAAAUUCUUGCACGAGGAACAAUCAAUACUCCUGGAAUUUCUAAUCUAAAAAAUGUUUUGUAUGUUGAGGGUUUAACUGCCAAUCUAAUCAUUGUCAGUCACUUGGCUGAUGAUUAUGAAGAUGUUUGGUUCAACAAGCAAAGAUGUGUGAUUCUCGAUAAAAAGGGAGAAAACAUUAUGAGAGGAUUGCUUGUCUGUGAGAUCUGUCGAAUAAACCUUCGAAAUAUGGCACAGGAGAUUGGGACAUGUAAACUAUCAGGAUCUACUCAAAUUAUCCACUAA